AUGUCGUUUCGGAAACGUCGCAAUGAGUCGGACGAGGAAUCGGAUGAGGAUUGCGAUUUGCCGAUUCGUCGCGAUGAUGAGGAUCCGAGCGACGGACCAUCGAACGCGAAAAAAUCGAGGAAUUUGUGGUCCGAUAUGCUUGUCGAGGAGCAACUUCUCAAAGAGGGCAAAAAGUUGGAGCUUGACAAGCCGCACACGAAGAAGAAGACGACAAUCCAUCGUGGUCCCGAAUCGUACGUGAUGCCGAAAGAUGAGCGAAACGCGAAGAAGCAAGCCGACGCGGAAGCGGCCGAAUGUCGUCACGAGACGCCGGCCAGCGAUGAUCCGUUCGGCGACACGCCGGACGCGCCGAGCGAGAAUUUCGGCGUGAAGAAGGCCGAUGAGAAGGCGAGACGAUCGCAUGAUGGCUGGUGGACGAAGCCGGGACACGCGCGAAAUUUCGGCGGCCGCGGCGGUGGCCAUCACCAUCCGCACAACAAAUGGCAUCCGACGAAAACGUCGGCACUACUCGCGCCCGAAUAUAGUCUUGAGAGUUUGCUGUCGGCCGAAUUCAUGGAGGGCCUACCAUUGGCGCAGCUCGGCGAGCAGAUGGCUCGCGUACUCGGCGAAAAAGAGCCGGCGACGAUCUCGAAGAUUGUCGAGGCGAUUGGUGAGGCGAACGCGCGCAAACUGUUCGAGAAGACGCGCGAGACGGAGAAGAAUGGCGGAAUGAUGACCAAAGAUGGUAGUCGUCGUCGUACGCCCGGCGGCGUCAUGAUAUUGUAUUUUCGCGAGGAUCCCGACGUCGCCGACGAUGUCAAAGACGCGAUUUUCGGCGACAUGCGCAAUAAUGUGAAGGAGCAUCGAAAGCAGAGUCGAAAACGCGCGCACGACUUCAACACCAAACUUGAAGAUAUGAAACGAGUAAUGGAAGGCGCGGCGGCUGUCGAAAAGAAGGCUGAUGGAAGCGAAAAAAUUGAAGACGGUGAAGACGUUGAGAGAAAAACGAAAGAGGAAAUGGAGACGAACUAA